CGGAGUCUACAAAGCAAGAGUUCAAACUUUUAGACCAACGCUCCUUGAAAACUCCAUGAAAACUCCUCUCUUUUCUUCUCUUCCCACCAUAAAACCAUCCUUCUCUCUCCUCCUCUUCCUCCUCCGUGUAGUCUUCUAACACAGAAGGGGACAGAGAGAGAGUGGUGUAAGGUGUGAAGGAAGGGAGAGGAAAUGGCUGUGGUUUCUGGCAGUACUAGCAUGGGUAUGAGCAAGCCCAUGAUGGGGGGAACCAGUGAAGCUUCUCCAUUGAAGCACUACAGUGGUCUGAGGCCAUCGUUAGGGAGUUUGCAGGUGGCUCUGACCAAAGCAAGAGGGUCCAUCUCUUUCUCACCAUCUGUUAAAUUUAGAAAGAUCAGAGCUGUUGCUACUUCGAAUGUUUCGGCUCCGAAACGAGAGACUGAUCCCAAGAAGCGGAUAGUUGUGACCGGCAUGGGACUUGUGUCCAUUUUCGGGAAUGAUAUUGACGUAUUCUAUGACAAGCUCUUGGAAGGACAGAGUGGAAUCAGUCUAAUUGAUAGGUUUGAUGCUUCUUCUUACUCUGUGAGAUUCGCUGGUCAAAUCAGAGAUUUCUCUUCCAAAGGAUAUAUAGAUGGCAAGAAUGAUCGCCGCCUUGAUGACUGUUGGAGGUAUUGCCUAGUUGCUGGCAGAAGAGCUCUUGAUGAUGCCAACCUUGGUGAAGGAGUUCUGCAAACUAUGGACAAAUCAAAAAUUGGUGUAUUGGUGGGUUCUGGUAUGGGUGGUUUGACAGUAUUCAGUAAUGGAGUUGAGGCUUUGAUCCAGAAGGGAUUCAAAAAAAUUAACCCUUUCUUUAUCCCUUACUCCAUUACAAAUAUGGGAUCAGCAUUGCUAGCUAUAGAUACUGGCCUAAUGGGCCCGAACUAUUCCAUUUCAACGGCAUGUGCUACAGCAAACUAUUGCUUCUAUGCUGCCGCAAACCACAUUAGGAGAGGUGAAGCUGACAUUAUGGUUGUUGGAGGCACAGAGGGUGCAAUCCUCCCAGUUGGAGUUGGAGGAUUUAUUGCAUGCAGGGCAUUGUCGCAAAGGAAUGAUGAACCAGAAAAGGCUUCGAGGCCUUGGGACAAGGGUAGAGAUGGUUUUGUUAUGGGAGAGGGAUCUGGUGUACUGGUUAUGGAGAGCUUGGAGCAUGCAAGAAAGAGGGGUGCAAACAUAAUUGCUGAGUAUCUUGGAGGUGCUAUAACUUGUGAUGCACAUCACAUGACUGACCCCCGGUCCGAUGGACUAGGAGUUUCAUCAUGCAUAAUGAAAAGCUUGGAUGACGCUGGAAUUUCACCUGAGGAGGUGAACUAUAUCAAUGCCCAUGCAACAUCAACACUUGCCGGUGAUUUAGCUGAGGUUAAUGCCAUCAAGAAGGUUUUCAAAGAUACUUCUGAAAUCAAAAUGAAUGGAACAAAGUCGUUGAUUGGUCAUUGUCUUGGAGCAGCCGGAGGAUUAGAAGCUAUAGCAACCAUUAAAGCUAUCACUACUGGAUGGCUACAUCCAACAAUUAACCAAGAUGACCUGGAACCGGCAGUUGACAUUGAUACUGUCCCCAACAUCAAGAAGCAACAUGAGGUUCAUGUCGGUAUAUCCAACUCUUUUGGCUUUGGAGGUCAUAAUUCAGUGGUAGUUUUUGCUCCUUUCAAGCCAUAAGCUAGCGAGUGAUGAACUAGCUUCAAUGAUGCUAGCUAUUUUUUGAAGCUUGGAAUGAAUAACCAGCAUAUAUAUAUAUAUAUAUAUAUCUGAUUUGAUCCUAAUAAAUUUUGCUGAACCACCUGAGACUUUUUAUUCAAUGUAUAUUUCAUCAAUUGACAUUUCAUGAUUAGAGUUGAGUGUGUUUGGCCAGUUAUGAAUAAAACCAUUGGGCAAUUC